GUUUAUCGCUGGGUCGGUCGUUCGUUCAUCGCUCAAUCCCCUCACAACCUCCCUUCCCUGCCUUCCCUGCCAACUCUUUUAGUGUCGCAACUUGAUUUCCCUCCAAUAGAGUGGGAAGUUGAAAACAGACGAAUGGGUCUCUCAUAACCACGAUAAUUUCAAUCCCACCAUCUCAAGACGAAUUUCCCGUCUUUUAACCUACAUCGCAUCGCCGAUUGCACAAUCAGCCUUUCAAUAUGGUUGGGAAGAAAUCGGGCAAGGCUCUCCUUCGGGAUGAGGGUCUCGAGAGAACCGACAACAAUAUGGAGCUGUCAAGCUGGCCGCAAAUACCACCAAUCAACCAGAAAAACUACUAUACUGAUUAUCUCAAGCGCGAUGAUCAGUACCUUGCAUUUCGACUGCAGAACGAGGAGGCGCGGAAUCGAAUGGCGAAGACAGCUAAAGACCGGGACCGUGCGCUGGCUAUGGCCAAGGCGAAUGACCUAGGACUACCAGAAGCAGAGGCAGAAGGCGACGGUGAUACCAAUAUGGAGGACGCCGACGAGACGACUGCCGAGACGGCGGGCUCCAAGGUGAUCGUGGUCCACGUCGGAAGCCAGAACCUACGUAUCGGACUAGCUAGCGACGCUUUGCCAAAGACCAUACCCAUGGUGAUUGCGCGAAAAUCGCCAUCCAACGAAGCCGAAGAUCACGAAGAGCCAUGUCCAAAGCGGCUAAAGAUGGACGAUGGAUCGGACUUGGAACCCGAAAAGAUGUUCGGUCCUGAGUUCGCUUCCCAGUACACGACAAUGUCGGCAGAACUGAAAGCCCAUAUGCGACAAAACAAGCGUCGGACAUUGCCAAACUCAAAAGAAAUGGUCAUCAACUACAAUCGGAGGACAGUACCGGAAACCAUUUCAGAGCACAAUGAUCCUAUGCGGGUUGAAUGGACCGAGCUCUCAGAUCCUGCACCUGAGUACAUUGUGGGACAAGCAGCUUUAAGGAUACCCGAUGCAUCCAAGCCCCGGUAUAAACUCUACUGGCCAAUAAAGCAUGGCUGGUGCAACGAGACAGACUACGACAACAAGAGACUCUUAUUUUUGGACAUUUCGCUCAUCCUCGAGGACGCGAUCAAAUCGCAACUAGGACUCACGAGCAAGAAGGACUGGCUUCAGUACUCAUGUGUCUUCGUCAUCCCAGACUUAUACGAGAAGUCAUACGUCACCCAAGUUCUGGAAAUACUCAUGCGAGAAUUCGCCUUUGCUCGCAGCUGCUUCAUUCAAGAGAGCUUGGCGGCCACGUUUGGUGCAGGGUUCACAUCUGCCUGUGUGGUUGACAUUGGUGCCCAGAAAACAUCAAUCUGCUGCGUGGAAGAGGGCAUGUGCAUCGAAAACUCGCGAGUGAACCUGAAGUACGGUGGUCUCGAUGUGACCGAGACAUUUGUCAAGAUGAUGCUUUACGACCACUUCCCCUAUGCCGAGAUCAACCUUUGGCACAGAUAUGACUUCUUGUUGGCCGAAGAGCUGAAGAAGAAUGUUUGUACGAUGAACGAGGCAAGUGUAUCCGUGCAGGUCUACGAUUUCCACCUUCGAGUCGCCGGCCAAGACACCCGGAAAUACACAUUCAAAGCCUACGAUGAGAUUCACCUGGCGCCCAUGGGCUACUUCCAGCCAUCCAUAUUCAACCACGAGGAGAAGCUCAAGGGCAGGAGAAAACUCAUUGCUCGCUCAGUUGAUAUUUACGAUGGACAGCCCAACGACCCUACAUCGGCGGCUCAGUCCGAAAUUCUAACUGCUCUUGCCCCUCCUAUCAACCAUGGCCAGGUAAAUGGCGAUGCCCAAUCGAAUACAUUGGAGGUGCAGGCUACACCGAGUCGAUCCCAACAGAUCAAUGCUCUCAGCCGUGUACAGGAGCUGGAGGCCACACCCCGAUCGUCUGUUGCCGGAUCGCCGGCACCGGAGACGCUGGGUACACCACUUCCCGGCGGGGCUACGCCUGUGCCUGCUGGCCAGGGCCAGAGCGCAUUGCCUAACCGUCCGCCCACUGUUGAGGAACGCGAUGACAUCCUACCAAACUUUCCGCUGGACAGUGCAAUUUUAACUUCUAUUGCGCAUGCGGCUCGUUCCGACGAACGUAAGAUGCGAGAUUUCCUUGGCGGUAUUAUGGUCGUGGGAGGCGGAAGCUUGAUCAAUGGCUUUCACUCAUAUCUUGAAGAGCGUCUCCAGAACCUUCGACCAGGAUUUGCCAAGGAGAUCAUGAUCGGCACUCCUCCUCGGGAUCUCGACCCGCAGGUCGUUGUCUGGAAAGGCGCAAGCGUCUUUGGAAAACUGAGUGGAACCAACGAUAGCUGGAUAGGGCAGCUGGAAUAUGAUCGCUUGGGACAUAGGUUGAUGGCGUACAAGUGCAUGUGGUCUUACUGAUUUUCGCAUGAUGCCUUGGUGGCCUUUUGGCAUUUUGCUUCAUUGAAUAAUGGUCGGUGUUGGUGGGUAUCGGAUUACAUAUGAUACAGGUUAUAGUCGCUCUAUUAUAUCCUUGGUUGAUAUGUAUUAUUUCGAGUUGUUCAAUGUUUUCAGGAAGAGUUUCUCUGUCUCAUUAUCAUGCUAUUUUCACUCUUCAAUCUCCCGCAAUCGAACUUGUGUAGUAG